UCUUGUUUCAUUUGUUUUUCUUUUCUUUAAAGUUUUAGAGAGAGGGGAAGAAGGAAGGCUUUUCAUUUCCACCUCCGCCGCCGCCUCCUCCUCUCCCAGACGAUGGCGGUCUCCUCCGGCUGCUGCCCCACGAAGUUCUUCUUCGUCACCGCUGCCGCCUCCGACUGCCGCGGCGACUCUGGCGCCAUCCCCCGUCCGGAUUUCCCUUCCGGCACCGCCUCCUCCCGCCUUCUAUCCCCCCGCCGCUGCACCUCCGGUCUCUCGUCCGCCUUCAUCCUCCGCUUCCCCCCCAACUUCGUCCGGCAGCUCAGCACCAAGGCCCGCCGCAACUGCAGCAACAUCGGCGUCGCCCAGAUCGUCGCCGCUUCGUGGUCCAACAACCCCGGCCUCCCCGAAACCCCCCUUUCCGCCGCAGCGGCCGCCGCCGAUGCCGCGGCGACAGUUGCGAGCCCCGUUGAGGCGGACGUCGCCACCCUCGCCGGUGGCAACGGUACCAGUGUACAGUCGCAGAUCCCGGCGGCCGAUUCCAAGGCCGCCAUUGCUGCAGCGUCGCUGAGCUCGGACGGGAGCCUAGCAGUUCAUGCCGGCGAGAGAGUAGGACGCGGUAUAACCACGGAUGCAAUCACCACCCCGGUUGUCAACACCUCUGCUUACUGGUUUAAGAAUUCCAACGAGCUGGUUGAUUUCAAGGAGGGAAGGCAUGCAAGUUUCGAGUAUGGGCGAUAUGGAAACCCAACCACGAAGGCUCUGGAGGAGAAGAUGAGUGCAUUGGAGAAAGCUGAAUCUACCUUAUUUGUGUCAUCGGGCAUGUAUGCAAGUGUUGCUAUGCUUACUGCACUGGUUCCUGCUGGUGGGCAUAUCGUUACAACCACUGAUUGUUACAGGAAGACUAGGAUAUUCAUCCAGAAUGAGCUUCCUAAGAUGGGAAUUUUGGCUACUGUGAUUGAUCCUGCUGAUAUGGACUCCCUGAAAAGUGCUCUGGAUCAGAAUAAUGUAUCUCUUUUCUUCACGGAAUCGCCAACUAACCCUUUCCUUCGAUGUGUUGAUAUCGAGUUCGUUUCAAAACUUUGCCACAGCAAAGGAACACUAGUUUGCAUAGAUGGUACCUUUGCCUCACCAGUCAAUCAGAAGGCCUUAACUUUAGGGGCUGAUAUGGUUUUGCAUUCUGCUACUAAAUUCAUUGCUGGCCAUAAUGAUGUUCUUGGAGGUUGCCUUAGUGGUUCAGAGGAAUUGAUUUCUAAGAUUCGUCAGUAUCAUAAUGUUAUUGGUGGUGUUCUAAAUCCUAAUGCUGCAUAUAUGAUCGUCCGAGGUAUGAAGACGCUGCAUCUUCGUGUACAGCAACAGAAUCAUACGGCAUUAAGGAUGGCCCAGUUUUUAGAGGAACAUCCUAAGAUUACACGUGUCUACUAUCCUGGUCUGCCCAGUCAUCCGGAGCAUCACAUCGCCAAACAACAAAUGACUGGAUUUGGUGGUGUGGUCAGUUUUGAGGUAGCCGGAGACUUGCAGACUACAAUGAAGUUCGUCGAUUCUUUGAAGAUACCAUACAUUGCACCUUCUUUUGGGGGCUGUGAGAGUAUCAUAGACCAGCCAGCCAUCAUGUCUUACUGGGAUCUAAGUUCAUCCGAGAGAGCCACGUACGGUAUCAAGGACAACCUGAUCAGGUUCAGUUUUGGAGUGGAGGACUUCGAGGACUUGAAGGCUGAUAUCGUUCAGGCCCUGGAAAGUAUCUAGUUCCGCAACAAUUAAUACUAUCCGCCUUUUCUGUUCUAAUGUGGUUGCUGCCACUUAUUAGUUUGACAGGGUUGUGCUGAUAAUUUAAUUUGGGACUUCUGUUUUCUCUCCUUUUUUUUUUCUCUCUCUCUCUCACUUAAGCCCGUAUUAAUGCAUCCAGUCUUUGACAUUUUAGUAUACCUCUUUAUGAAACCGAUAAACUUCUUUAA